GUACUUCCCGGCAGACAGUAAUAAAUAACUAAAAGGAACACACACAUUAGCUGUUAAAAUCUAUCCUGGUAGCUGAAUAUUGAUCUUUCCAUCAUCAGAAAAUCUCUCUCAACAUACUUUACCUGUUGGUCACCGAACGGUAAAGCUCAUAACUCCUCCAGUUCUCUCCUUAUUCGCAGAACAUUAGCGUCAUAUCAAAGAUGUCUGAGAAAGCAGCAAAGUGUCCAUUCUGCCCGUAUGAUAGUACCUAUGACAAAACUAGCCUCCGGGAGCACCUAAGUCAGUAUACGGCUACAUGCCGUAUCCCUGCUGACGGGGUCCACGAUGUCCUGCAGAUCCAGGAAAUGCUCCACCCUGGGUUCAAGUACUGGUGCCAGUAUCGAUGCCCAGGCUGCUCAAAGGUGAUCAACUCUCGACGCCGGUUCAUCGAACACGUCUUGAAGCUGGAUCAUUAUGGAAGGUACGGGGGUAGGACGCGUCGAAGAUACCAUGACGACGAAGAUGAAGAGCACCCUUGGCCACUGCCGUUCAAAAAGAAGGAUGUUGCCAUUCCUAAGUGGACAGGAGUGUUUGACUUCCUUCGCUUGCCUUAUGAUAUCCGCUACAUCAUAUACAAAUACGUUCUAUUUUUCGGGGACAUCAUGUUAGAACAACGGAAACCCGCGGAGAUCGUCCGUCCAACUAGACGUGACGGGAAGCAUAUAUGGCUUCAGUAUAACCCAUGCUGGAACUCGCUUUCUCUCUUAGCCGUCAAUCGUCAGCUCUACGACGAGGGGCGACAGGUAUUCUAUGGACUCAACUCUUUUGCCUUCGUGAAAACAGAUGAUAUUCCGAUCUUUCUGCUUGGUAUCGGACGGGGGAACGCGGGACUUCUUCAAUCAGUGCAAUGGAAGAACAAGGAAGGCAGAUAUGAGAACCAGAUCGACGUUAUUCGCUCAUGUAUGACGCGGGCAGGAGGGGCAGACAAGGCGCUUGAGGAGGUACCGGAUAUCUGGAAUGACGACGACAUCUUUGAAAAUCUCCUGCAUGUGCUCAGGGUCACGGAUCCUCCCUUUCCGUGUCUGAUGCGGCUGGACGCAAAGGACAAACCAAAAAAAACCGCCGUACCGGAAGCGCUAUAUCCUGGACUUUGUAUUCAAAAAAGUCGACAAUGGUUUCUCAUGGGAAUCUGAUCGAGAUGGGGCGGUUUGGUUUGAGUUCUAUCAGCGCUGGGGAAGGUGCAUCUAGCAGCCAACAGACCCAGUCGUGUCCCUUGCGUCCACUCAGCCAGGAAUCUUAUCCGUUGAGAACCGAUAUGCCCAUUGCUCUUGAAUUUAUUCAACUUUAUUGGUGCCGUUUCGGCAGAAUUGGAAUAAUCCAAAUCCAAAUUAGGGAUAUUUGACGUCCUUUGCGAAAUACCACCUUGAUCUCUACGGGCCACGUCAUGCACGGGUCUUGUCCUACUGGUGGUCCUCCAGGAACAAUACAGAAACAAAAAAGCAGUGAUGGUAACUCGACCAAUUGGUCAAUGAGGAAUUCCUAUGUGAGACAGCCAUUC